CUCCGCCCCCCUCCCGGCAGGCUGCCCUUCUCGCGGCCGCCGCUCGCGCGCCCGGCGGGGAACGAGAGAUGAAGUCUCUGAAAAGGUGGGGAGAACAGCUGGUUCCUGGACUCCAUCGUUGGGCCUCCCAGGCCUCCGUGCCCCAGGCUGCCCCCUGCCUGGCAUUCGUCCCAGCCAGCCCCCCUCCGGACGCUGGGGCGAUCGAGAAACUCCAGGGGUUCGUUCUCCGCUGCCAGCGGCUCUUCGUCUUGACUGGAGCAGGAAUCUCCACCGAAUCCGGCAUCCCGGACUACCGCUCUGAAGGUGUGGGCCUCUAUGCCCGGUCUGACCGCCGGCCCGUCCAGCACGCUGAGUUUCUCCGCAAUGCUGCAGCCCGGCAGAAGUACUGGGCCAGGAACUUCGUGGGGUGGCCCCGGUUUUCCUCCCACCAGCCCAACGCGGCACACCAGGCUCUGAGCAGCUGGGAACAGCAGGAGAAGCUGCACUGGCUGGUGACCCAGAACGUGGAUGCCCUCCACGCCAAGGCUGGGAGUCGGCGCAUGACUGAGCUGCAUGGCUGCACACACAGGGUCGUGUGCCUCAGCUGUGAGGCCCGGGUCUCCCGCCAGCAUCUCCAGGAACAUUUUGAGGCCUUGAACCCCUCGUGGACAGCUGAGGCCCACGGCGUGGCUCCUGACGGAGAUGUCUUUCUGCCGGAAGACCAGGUGCGACACUUCCGUGUCCCAUCGUGCAGCAAAUGUGGCGGGGUCCUCAAGCCAGAUGUGACUUUCUUUGGGGACAAUGUGUGCAAGGAGAAAGUGGACUUGGUGUACCAGCGUCUCGAGGAGUCUGAUGCGGUCCUCGUGGCCGGGUCUUCCUUGCAGGUCUUCUCCGCUUACAAAUUUGCACUUGCUGCCCGGGACAGGAAGUUGCCGAUGGCCAUUGUUAACAUUGGCCCCACGCGGGCCGAUGCCUUAGCAUCUCUAAAGCUGAAUUCCCGCUGUGGGGCACUGCUGCCUUUGAUUGUCGUUUGAGAGACCCGGUGGGCAUCCAGACCAGUAAAGAUUCAAGGGUGACGGUGGGAGUGUUGUUGAAGUGGCCCAGGGAUUUGAGGCCCAGGGAGCUGAGUCAAAUUUCACAAAGAUAGCCUGAAGGACUGAGUACGGUGAUUCGCAGCCUAGAAAGAGCUUUGUAGAACAUAGAGUGAUAGGAUUGGAAGGGACCUUAGAACAAGGGUCUCCAACCUUGGCAGCUUUAAGCCUGGAGGACUUCAGCUCCCAGAAAUCCCUCCAAUUAUCCUCUUCCCUCAAAACUCAUUUUCCACACUUCUCAUGUAAACCUCUUGGGUUCCAGCUGUUAUCUUGGCUUGCCAUCUUAGGAUCAUGGGUUAAAGCCAGUGGAGAUAAAAGGAUCUCGCUCUUGGAGAGCUUUGAUCUUUUGCAACCAACCAGCAACUUGUGAAAUCAAGGUUGAGGUAACCCAAGCAGGGCUGAGCCAAGGAGAACAGGCAAAAUCUAGAUCUUGUCUUGUCUCCCUUUGGCUAUUAAGGGGCCACGUAGAUUCUCAGCUCACGGUUCAAUGGCAAAGCAGUUUGCCUUUUUAGUACUGUAAAUAUUAUAUACCCAAGUGGCCCCCUCAAAGUCCCCCCUCAAAGGGCCUUCUGCAACAUUCAGAUGUCCAUGACGUUGACCGGUGCUUCUCCUGCACCCCAGCUCCGCUGUUGUUGCUUUUAAGGGGACGACACGAAUAAAGGCAUCUGUUUCAGAGGAAUCUUGCCUUCCUUUCUCAGAGGCACAGGAAAGUCACAGGACUCGGCUACCCGUGAACACGACAUGACAAGCUCCCUUAUUGCAGUUCAUAGAUUUGUUGGUUUUAAAAGCAAUUGUACACUGAAGCGUGACUUUCCUCUUUAUUUGAAUAAAGUAAUUCAAAUAUGCAGUA